CUCCAAGACCCCAACGUCGGCCAUCUUGGAUUCCGAGACCCCUACCCCAACUUGUGUCGCUUCAGACUCAAAGGAGACGCCCCCCACCCCCCUGUCGGCCAUCUUGGACUCAGAGACCCCCCCAUCGGCCAUCUUGGAUUCCGAGACCCCUACCCCAACUUGUGUCGCUUCAGACUCAAAGGAGACGCCCCCCACCCCCCCGUCGGCCAUCUUGGCCCCAACCACGUCAUCCAUCUUAGACCCCCCGGAUCCUCACCGCCCCCCAGCGGCCAACGGCCCCACGCGGGGGGUCGCAGAGCAGCCUGGGGCCCGGGAUCCCGUCUCCGCGCCGUGGGGCCGAGGCCGACUCUGUCAGCGUGCUCUCGGGGUCGCUGGGCUCCUUCCCCGACGACGUCAGCUCGCUCGGCUCCGAUUCCGAGCUGGGGGGUCCCGCCUUCCGCCGCACCGACCGCUACGGCUUCCUGGGGGGGCAGCCAGUACUGCGAGACGCCGGAGACCUCGGUGCCGGUGGAGGUGGCGCGGCAGCGGGAGCUGAAGUGGCUGGAGAUGUUUUCGCAUUGGGACAAAUGGCUGACGAGGCGCUACCAGAAGGUGAAGCUGCGCUGCAGGAAGGGAAUCCCGUCGUCGCUCCGCGCCCGCGCCUGGCAGCUGCUCUCCGCCAGCCACGACCUGCAGCUCCGGCACCCGGGGCUCUUCCAGGAACUGGAGCGGCAGCCCGGCGAGGCUCGCUGGUUGGACGCCAUAGAGAAGGAUUUGCACCGCCAGUUCCCCUUCCACGAGAUGUUCGCCGCCCGGGGGGGGCACGGGCAGCAGGACCUGUACCGGGUGCUGAAGGCUUACACCGUGCUGCGGCCCCACGAGGGUUACUGCCAGGCCCAGGCGCCCGUGGCCGCCGUGCUGCUCAUGCACAUGCCUGCCGAGGCGGCGUUCUGGUGCUUGGUGCAGAUCUGCGACCGCUACCUGCCCGGUUACUACAGCGCGGGGCUGGAGGCGGUGCAGCUGGACGGCGAGGUUUUCGGCGCCCUCCUUCGGCGCGUGGCUCCGGCCGCUCACCGUCACCUGCGGCGGCACCGCGUGGAGCCGGCGCUGUACCUCACCGAAUGGUUCAUGUGCAUCUUCGCACGCAGCCUGCCCUGGGCCGCCGUGCUGCGAGUCUGGGACAUGUUCUUCUGCGAAGGGGUGAAGGUGAUGUUCCGUGUGGGGCUGGUGCUGCUCCGCCUGGCUUUGGGGUCCCCCGAAAAGCUGCGCAGCGCCCAGGGGAUGUUUGAGACCAUGGAGCUCCUGCGCAGCGUCCCGCCGCCGGGCCUCCAUGAGGACGUGCUGGUGCACCAGGUGACGUCCCUGCCGGUGUCGGAGGCGCUGAUCGAACGCGAGCGUGGGGCGCAGCGACGGCGCUGGACCGAAACCAGGGGGGAGAUGAUGAGGCCACCCCCCCCCCAACGAGGCCCCUAUGGGGCCAGGGGGGUCCGCAUGCAUCAGGGGGAGCCCUGAACGGUGGGUUUGAUUGACAGCUGGGAGUGAUGGAUGGGUCCCAUCAACGGUGCAGACCGGAUGCAGUUUGAUUGACAGCUCCGUGUGAUUGACAGCACAGUGUGAUUGACAGCUCUGCAGCCAGCUGGGCUUUGACUGACACAUCAGCCGCCUUUUGAUUGACAGCUCCAUUUGAUUGACAGCUGUGAUUGACAGCUCCAUUUGAUUGACAGCUGUGAUUGACAGCACCAGCGACGGCGGGGUUGGAUGAUGGACAGCUGCGUCUGGUUGACAACUGUCAGUGAUUGAUUGACAGCUGUCACUGAUUGAUUGACAGCUCCUAUAGACUGAUUGGUUGACAGCUGUGCUCAUGGUUGAUUGACAGCACUCUUUGAUUGACAGCUUCUCUCCUUGCCCUCCCCUGUGAUUGACAGCUCUAUUUCACAACCCAGAUUGAUUGACAGCCCGGUGUGAUUGACGGCCUCGAUUGAUUGACAGUCCAUUUUGAUUGACAGCUCCAUGUGAUUGACAAGCAGUUCUGAUGACAGUCAGCUUUGAUUGACAGCCCUGAUGGACAUCUUCAAUUGAUUGACAGAUGACUGAGAGCCCUCUUUGAUUGACAUCCCUCUUUGAUUGACAGCCCCGUUUGAUUGUCAGCCCUGAUUGAUUGACAGCCCAUGUUGAUUGACUGCCCUGUUUGAUUGGCAGCCCUGAUCGAUUGUGAGUCCUGAUUGAUUGACUGCUAUGAUUGAUUGACAGUCUAGUUUGAUUGACAUUCCAGAUUGAUUGACUGCCCUGUUUGAUUGACAGCACAGAUUGAUUGACAAACAAGAAUGAUUGACAGCCCCGUUUCAUUGACAGCUGUGUUUGGUUGACAGCCGUGUUUGAUUGGCUGUCCUGAUUGAUUGACAGCCCGGUUUGAUUGACAGCCAGAUUGAUGGACAGCGCUGUCUGAUUGGCAGCCUUGAUAGAUUGGGAGCCCGGUUUGAUUGACAGCUAGGAAUGAUUGACAGCCCUGUUCGAUUGGCAGCCUUGAUAGAUUGAGAGCCCGGAUUGAUUGACAGUUAUGAUUGAUUGACAGCCCUGUUUGAUUGACAGCCCUGAUAUCCAGUUCAGUUUGAAUGACAGGUGGGUUUGAUAGUCAGCUAUGAUUGAUUGACAGCUAUGAUUGAUUGACAGCCCUGAUUGACAGCCUUGAUACCCAGCUGUUUGAUUGACAGCCGGUUUUGAUUGACAGCUCUGUUUGACUGACGGUCCUGUUUGAUUGACAGUUGGGUUUGAUUGACAGCCCAUUGAUUGCCAUUUCCCGGAGCUCUCAUUAACGCCGGCCGUUAAUUGCCGUUAACGGCCCCAUUUGCCGUGCCCUUAAUUAGCCCCUCCCCCCCGGCCUUGAUUGACAACUCGCUAAUUAGCGACCCGCUCGAUUGAUCUUAAUUAACAUCUCAUUAAUGAUGGAUUGACGUCUCGUUAAUUAGCUCCUCGUUAAUGAUCCAUGCCUGUCGGUUGGCGUCUCGUUAAUUAACAUCUCGUUAAUGAUG